AUGGCGGACAUGAUCCCUGACCUCACUCAUUAUGUCCAAGGCCUGGACUCUGCCUCAUUCCCCUUAAAGGUUGCCACCGAAGCCGACAAAAGCGAUGCGCUCACGGUCCACUUUACGGUUGUCACUCUGGAACACUAUAUCGUAGAGAUCGCAUUGAACGGACAGGGUUUCCGGGUUGUUACCCUCUCCACAGCAGCAGCACCAGUGUCGACACCACUUUCUUCACCCCAAUUGAGGACUGAGAACAGAUCCGAGGCUGACACCGCAUUAUCAUCAGGAUCCUCAACCCCGAUUGAACAACCAUUAUCUGCACGGCAACAAGAAGCCAGCUUAGGGAUGGUCUACGAGACUAUUGAAGCACUUCUGAUGGCAGUCAGUCCAGGAUUUGAAGAAUUCUUCGGACAGGAGCUCGCUCGCAAACUGGAAAGUGUCUUGUGGGAUCGGUUCCAGUAUCAGCAGGAUGAAGGCGACUCUGACAAUGAAGACCUGGAGGACUAG